GGCCCCGCUGAUAGGUGUCUUUGCAGUGCCUGCUGGUCCCAGGCUCGUGAGGAAGCUGUAGGCAUUAGCUGUAGUUCCCGGCCCUUCCCUGUCAGGUUCCCCCGUAGGUUCCUCCAUAUUAGCGCUGAGGAGAGCUCUCCACGGAGCGGCAGGAUGCUGGAAGAAGCGGGCGAGGUGUUCGAUAACAUGCUGAAGGCGUCCUUUCCUCUCACGUUCUUCGUGUUCAUCCCGGCGGUGCUGCUCCUCGUGUCUCCUCUGCAGGCCGAGGCAGCCCACGAGUUCACGGUGUACCGCAUGCAGCAGUACGACCUCCAGGGCCAGAGCUACGGUACGCGGAAUUCGGUUCUUAACACAGAGGCUCGUACAGUGGAGGCUGACGUCCUCAGCAGGCGAUGUGUUCUCAUGCGCUUAGCGGACUUCUCUUUUCAGCAGUAUCAAAAAGCGCUGCGCCAGUCAGCGGGUGCUGUGGUGAUAAUCCUGCCUCCUGACAUGGUGGCUCUGCCACAAGAUAUUGUACAGCAAUUCAUGGACAUAGAGCCUGAGAUGCUUUCAAUGGAGACUCAGGUUCCUGUCUACUUUGCUGUGGAGGAUGCAGAGCUUCUGUCUAUCUAUGAGCAGACCCUUUCAGCUUCUGCUAACCAGGGCACCUCUUCUGCCGCUGAAGUACUCCUUCAUACUGCUACUGCCAAUGGCUUCCAGAUGGUGACAAGUGGCACUCAGAGUAAGGCAAUCAGUGACUGGCUGGUAACCAGUGUGGAGGGACGUUUGGCUGGCCUUGGUUCAGAAGACCUUCCCACUAUUGCAAUUGUUGCUCACUAUGACGCUUUUGGAGUUGCUCCGUGGUUGUCUUAUGGUGCAGAUUCUAAUGCCAGUGGUGUGGCAAUCCUUCUGGAGCUGGCACGCCUCUUCUCUAGGCUGUACACAUACAAGCGAACACAUGCAAGUUACAAUCUGCUGUUUUUCGCAUCAGGAGGAGGGAAGUUUAAUUAUCAGGGAACAAAGAGAUGGUUAGAGGAUCAUCUGGACCACACAGAUUCAAGCCUACUUCAAGAUAAUGUGGCUUUUGUGCUGUGCCUGGAUUCUGUAGGAAGUGGAAACAGCUUGCAUCUUCAUGUCUCUAAGCCCCCUAAAGAAGGAACUUUACAGCAUGCCUUCCUUAAAGAGCUGGAAAUGAUUAUUUCAACCCAGUUCCCUGAAGUGACGUUUUCUAUGGUUCAUAAGAAGAUAAACCUGGCUGAAGACACACUAGCUUGGGAGCAUGAACGCUUUGCUAUCCGCAGGCUUCCCUCAUUCACUUUCUCUCACUUAGAUGGUCACCGUAAUGGUCACCGCAACAGUGUUAUGGAUCUAAGUUGGAAAGUGGACACAGAGGUGCUGGCCCGUAACACUCGUAUACUUGCUGAAGCGCUCACCCGUGUCCUAUAUAACCUGACGGAGAAGGGUGCCCCGUCUGAUCUACAGAUCUUUACACAGCAGAUGCAGGUCCAGAAGGAGCAGCUAGAAGCAGUGAUGCAGUGGCUGACCAGCCAGCCUCGUGCAGCACAGCUGGUAGAUAAAGAUAGCAGUGUUCUCAACACUCUGGAAUAUUACAUGAGCCGGUACCUGAAAGACGUCAAGCUUUAUCACGUCAAGGCCGAUAAAAGAGACCCUGAAUUUGUGUUUUAUGAUCAGCUGAAACAAACAAUGAAUGCAUACCGGGUGAAACCAGCAAUAUUUGAUCUCUUGUUGGCGAUGUGCAUUGCAGCCUACCUUGGUCUAGCAUAUCUUGCUGUUCAGAACUUCGGAUUGCUUUAUAAAUUAGUCCAGAGAGUGGCUUUGAAACCAAAACAGUUGUGAAGACACGUUCCAUAGCCAAGUCUCACCACUUGGGAUCCAGAUACCUCUGGAGGUUCUGCUUCCCUAAAAUCAUUUUUUUAUCAUUCUAGGCACUGAGGGCUGAAAUUCAGACCUUUUACUCCUUUGCAUGGAUCUCAAUGUGAAGCUUUCCUUUUACUAAAACGUUUUGAGCAGAAUAGUCAUUUCAUGUUUUUAAAUAUUGUGUAAGGGCAGUGAUUUCAAUCAUUUUUGUAAUAUCCUUUAUUAGGGAAAUGCAUGUGUGUUUUUUUUUUUUUUUUUUUUUUUUUUUAUCAUUAGAGAAUGAUGUCUCCUUAACAACACACUAACUGAGCAUUGCUAAGAAGAGUCCAUCUUCAGCUUUGUACUUUGCUCCUGAAAACUACUAUGUGAAGCAUACAGAGGCAGUUUUCUCAGCCCCCCCCCCCCCCCCCCACACAUGCCCUGCAAUAUUCCUGACCUGUCCCUGCCUAUCUGACUUGCUGCCAGCGCUGAUCACAGGCAACUCUACUCAUUUCUGUAUCCCCUAUGCUUUUUUUUCAGUGCAGGAAAAAGAAUGUCUGCCGCAAUCAACACUAACAAUAAGUAUACAGGAGCAUACUGUAGUACACUUACUGUCAGAGCUUAUGGCUGCAACACCACUCCUCUCCCUCUUUUCUGGUUAGUGCUAUAAGAUGGGGAGCGGUGCUGCAGCGAUCAGCACUGGCAGUAUUUGUACUAUGUUGUAUACUUACUGUCAGCCUUGAUCACUGCAGCCCUGAUCCCUCACUUCCCAGUGCUUACUAACAGAGAAGCAAAGGGAAGGUAAAACUGGGCAGAGCUGCCAGUGAUUAGUGCUGGGAGCAAGUCACAUAGGCAGGGACAGAUCAGAGAUAUCGUAGGAGAUAUGUAGGGAAGCAGAGGCUGGAGAAGAGGCGGUCUGUAGGCUACACAUAGACAUCUUCAGUGUACAGUAUAUGCUGAAGACUGGCUCUCCUUAGCAACAUUCAGUUAGUAUUGUUGAGUCUUUACUAAUUUCUCUAAUAAAGUACAUUACAAAAAUGGUUUAAAUUACUGUCCCUACACUAUUAAAAACUAAAAUGACAGUUUACACUUUAAAUGUGGUAAUCAAAGAAUGCAGAUGUUCCCUUCUGCCUUCGAGAAAAAAAACACUUCUCUGUUAGUACUCAGGAUUUAACUGUGAGGGUUAAGACUUUUUUAAUAUUUAUGACACCGGGAAUUAUCCCACCAUUUUGCCUUUUUCUUUUUGGUUUAUUUUCAUUCAUGCACUGAAUCAACCCUCUGUAACUAUUUAAUUAAAGAUUUUGAUCAAAGUCUAAAAUUAUCUUAUGAAAUUAUUGUGGAAAUAAUAAAGAAAACCUUUAAAACA